AUGGCUUUCUUCUCUACGCUCUCGAGCUCCAUCGGCCGGAAGAUGCUCCUCUACGGGUUGUGCCACAUCGACAUACUGGACAAAGACCCUGCCGACUUCGUGAGCGUCGAUGUCGGGUGGCGCACUACACUCGAGGUUCGGGACGUUGGGUUGCACGUCAGGAAACUCCUAGCACUAUUACACCUCACCCUCCCUCCCGAGAUCCAGCUGUUGAAAGCGCAAGCCUCGCUCCUCCGGGUUACCUUCGUCCUCGAAUUCGGCGUCCCCCAGAUAUUGAUAGAGGUACAUGGCAUACGGGUAGAAGCUCGGUUGACCGAGCAUGUCGAAGGUGCUCCCUCUUCAAAUACUCGCCGACAGCACACCCAGAAACGAUCCUCGCCACCUCCAACGGCCGCUUCGCCUUCCGCUGCCCCCAACAACCAGGACAACGAUGGUUCAGACAAUGACACCGAUGACGACGACUACGUGCCCACCGUAGACGAGCUGGCCAAUUCAUUCAUAAAGACGGAGCCUCUGGAAGAAAUUCGCGAGCUGCAGCGUGAGCUCGAGUCUCAACCUACGUAUAUGCACGAGUCGGUCGCAUCGAGUGACGAUGGCGAAGAGGCUUCUGUCGGUAUUGGAGCGCCUCUGACGAUCCCAACAUAUCUUCGCAGUAUGCGUCAAGCAGCCAUGAAACCACCAGCGAACUUGCGACGAGUCAAGUUCAAGACCAGCCUGUUGAGUCUAGGCAAUCCAUACAAGAGGAAGUGA